AUGGCGACGAGAGUCAGCAACGUUGCUCUGGUCACACUGGCGCUGCUGGCAGCAUGCCUCAUCCAGGCAGAUGCCCAAGCAUACCGCUAUUAUUACAACAAUGCUGACCUCGUCUUGUCAGGCCGCUGCACCUGCAAGGACACUGCUGGCAACGGCAUCACAUUCAACAUCUGCACGCCCACGCGCGGCACGAGUGGCUAUAACCAGUGCACCGGCUGCGGCAUGGGCAACAUUCUGCCCAAGUGCCAGGCGACCGCCCGCGCGCGUGGCCUCACAGACUCAUGCACAGACUAUACCUCCUUCGGCUGCUCAGUGGACUGCGAUGACGGCGGCUGCCGCCCCAACGCCUGCUACCGCGGCAGCUGCUAG